AUGCGUCUGAAGCUGGAGGCGCUAAAGAAGAUCUUCACCCACCUAAACUACGAGCAGGCGGUUCUCUUUUCCAAUUCCAAAAUGCGCGCAGAUUGGUACUGCAAGUACUUGAACGCCGGCGGCAUACCCUGCAUGCUGCUGUCGGGUGAUCUCGCCCAGAGCGACCGCUCCGAGGCGUUUGAGAGCUAUCGCAGUGCUAUCUUCUCGGUGCGCACCAUUGUGGACAUGGAUCUGAUUGCACGCUGCGUGGACUCGCAUCAUGCCAACCUGGUGAUCAAUUUGGAUCCGCCCAACGAUCAUGUCACAUAUUUGCAUCGGUCGGGGCGUUCCGGUCGCUUCGAGUCAAAGGCCAUUGCCAUCACAUUCAUCUCAUCGCCGAAGCAGAGCGAAAACUUUAAGCGGAUUCUGGCCAAGGCAGGCACAGGCAUGUCCGUUCUGCAGUUGCCAACAGAAGGGCCGCCGUCGAAGGGAUUUAAUUACUUUGCAUUUGAUGCUUAUGAGUUUCCGUAUUAUUUUAAUUCGGAAGCAACCGAGCAGGACGAGAAUGAGUUGAAUCAAAUCAAGAAGGCCACCAAACUGGCCAUUAAAAUAGCCAACGAAAAGGCAUCCAGCUAUGUGUAUCCAGUGGUGAAUUGCACUGAUGUGGAGGGCGGAGGCGCAAUUAAGAAGCGCACCAUCGACGUGGAGGCUGGACGACUGCCAUACUUCUCGGAUUUGCAGCUGUGCCCAGUGGCCUGA